AAUCAAAACAAUGUUUAUGCUUAAAUGUUGCCGCAGCAUCAUUCGGCUACUUCUUCACGUGGAAACCGAUUUCCCUUUAAUAACGAGAAAUAAGUAGUAGUGGCUUGAUAUUAUCAAGUAUUCUUUUCAGGCUAAUUUCUCAUUCAAGCUGGCAAUAUAUUGUACCGGAAAACCAUGGCAGAUACCAUUAAGGUUGGCGAUUAUCUAGUGAUAAAACGGCAAAAGUACACUAAACUACAAAAGUUUUCGAAUUUGGACACUGUUGUUCAUUUGGGGAAAGACCAAAUCGAACUUCGCUGUGCCGAGAAUCAUCCUUACCAUUCAACGUUCCAGCUGCUGCCAAAGGAGGGACGUAAUAAACGCUUUUACGUGCUGGAACCGAUCGCCACGGCUUCGGAGAUUCGAAAUUUGAAACAGUUACUCAUUAAGGAAAGUGGGACGGACAAUCGAAACAUCGUGGACGAUCGAAACACGCAAAAUCUAACGACCGAGGAGAUCCUUAAGCUGAGAGAGGAGUGUGAGUCCUCUUCGGAGGUAAUCGGAAAAUUGGUGGAAAAUUCGAAGAGUUUCGCAGCGAAGACAGAGUACUCCCAAGAGAAAUACUUGAAACGAAAGGAGAAAAAAUACUUUGAGUAUGUUCAAAUUAAGCGACCGACUAUUAGGUUGAUUGCAGAUAUUUACUGGCGUUUGGAUGCAGAUAAAAUAUUAGGCGUCAGGUUUGAUACAUUGUCGCAGAUAAUCUCGUACAGCGGUAUUUGCGGUGUAGGAAAUUUUCUUUUGUACGAAUCUGGUACCAAUGGUUUAUUGCCAGCCGCAUUUCUGAACUCACUUGGGGUGAACACCGAAGCGAAGCUUGCCCAUUUGCAUCCAGGGAACGUAGCUCAAAAACAAGCUUUAUUGGCAAUGGGAUAUCCUGCUGAACAGUUAAGCCGAUGUAUUUCUGUUAACAUUUAUUCGGUUCUUAGACAUUAUUAUCAAGAAACUAGAAAGGAUAAUGAUGGAUGUAUUUUCACAGAAAAUACUGAAAUAAAAUUAGUAGAAAACGAUUGCGAAAACAGUUCAUUAACUGAACCGGGUGAAAAGCGAAAAAAUGAUUCAACUGAAGAUCAUGGUCCAGAAGCCAAACAACUCAAACUCGCUGAGGUUAGAAAACAACAGUGGGAGUUGGAGAACGCUGCGGGUUGUGAAUUGAUGAAGGAAAAGUUUGACUCACUGGUUAUUGUUGCCAAAGAACAUCCUUACAAUAUUAUCAAAUCGUUAAUGCCAUUCGUAAAACCCAGCCGACCGAUCGUUGUUUUUUCCACGGUAAAGGAAAUAAUGCUCGAAUGUUAUACAGAGUUGAAGGCUAGUGCCAGCGUAACAUAUCUGAGAGUUACGUCGAACUGGAUGAGACCCUAUCAAAUUUUGCCCAAUCGUACUCAUCCUGAUGUUACGAUGUCUGCAAAUAGUGGAUAUUUACUCACUGGAUAUACUAUUCGGUAGUUGAUGUAGACUUUUUUUAAAUUUAUGAAACAUGGAAACAGAUUUUAAACUUACUAAGCAAAUUUUAGUAAAUUCAAUUUCCGAAUAUUCACUGAUUUCACUUGAUCUUUUUUAAAAAGUUAAUGAGAUAACGAGACAGAGUGACAAAUAUGACUUAAGCAGGUAUUAGACGAAGCAAAUAUUUGCUAUUUUUCAAUACAGAUUUUAUUUUGUGCAAAUAAAAAUCGUACCAAAAAUAGCAAAUAUUUGCUUCGUCUAAUACCUGCUUUAGAAACAAAUCGGCUAUUCGUAAACCAAACACAAAUUUUACCCCAAUUUUGUUAUAAUCAGUCUACUAAAAUACAGCAAAAUCACGUAGCGCUUGUAUACAAAUACGACAAAUACCUGGUCGUAAGCUGCGUCUCUUCCGUUACACGUCAAUGGAGCUUCGCUUAUAUCAACGACAGAUUUCAUAGAUACGAUAUAACUGUUAGGUGCGUAUGAUCCAACAGACAAUUUAAUAACAGAUUCGAACUUUCAACGAUUAGACUCGGAUCGGGUAGCUUAUAUCGGACAAAUAAAAAAAUAAACUUU